AAUUGUGCCCAGUCGAGAUCGAACAACAUUGCGAAAACAGAUUUCGAUUAGUAAUAAAGAAAAAUAACAAGACGAAGUUAAUUAAAUGGAAAUCAAACCAAGCGUUUCAAUGCGUCUCUGAUCAUUUCUCGAUAAUAUUUCUUAAUCUCUGUUGCACGGUGACAUCCCGGCUAACUGUACAAACACCACCAGUAAAGAUCAGUGGCUUACGAAUUGGACUUGAGGAAUCGACUGAAUCUACACUGCCUCAGGACGCUCUUCUGUGACGUCACAGAAGAGCAAAGACGCAAGAGAGAAACAACAGUGUGCCGAGCACACCAUGGGGAGCAAGCUGAAGCCGGGGGGGGUCCGGCGGCACCUGAAGGAGAAGGUGGUCCAGAUGUAUGAGGAUCUCUUCCAUGGAGCUGAUCCCUGCAUCAAUAACUCCAGGUUCUGGGAGGAUCUCUUCCUGCUCAAGCCAAAGAUGUCAGCCCUGGAAGGUGAGAUCAGCAGAUGCACAUCCGACCAGCUGUUGGGGCUCAAGGAGAACAUCAACACCCUCUUCUCCAAGUGUGUGCAGACCCUGUCUCACGACCAUCACAUACGGGUCAUCAAUGCACUUUUGACCUUAUGCAGCCUGGUGCGUGGACUCUACAGAAAAAUGCAGGGAGAUUAUGGGUUUGAUUUCAUUAACAUACUCAUAGGCUUUGAUUCUGCAGAAGAACAAAUGCAACUUCUCCUGAAUCAUGUCUCGAAUUUCUUGACAGGUGAAUAUUGUGAUAGUCUGAAGUCCCUUAGCCUGAAGUUCUUGUUAGUUCUGGCCACAGGGACAGACAACAUCAGCCAAAACACUGUUCUUGAGUAUCUCACUAUCAAUUGCAACUUCGACUCAGUCAUUCAGCUGUUGAGCCAUUCGAGUACACGAAACCAGCAUGGCCCUGAAGCAGUGCUGUACCUCAUGCUGAUGGUGAACUACCGCAAGCAUGAGAUGACCAAUCCAUACACUGUUAACCUCUCCCUCUUAGAUGAUGAACUCAUUUUAAAUGGCUAUGGUCAGGUAAUAACUGCAUCCUUGGCAGACUUUAACCAUAAGUAUUCAGCCCACUUCAUGGAACCACAUGGGUCUGGCUGGUUUGCCUCCCUCACAUCAAUGGUCGGAUCCAUGUUUGUAUCCGAGGAGAUGGCAACACGUAAUGAACACAUAAAGGCAAAUGAUUCAUUCCUCUUGGCAUUGUACGAAGCAGUCCACCUGAACCGCAACUUCAUCACCGCCCUUACCACAGCAACAGACCCCUCAACCCCGCCUUCCCCUGCCAACACUCUCGAUCGGGGCAGCACUCCUCCAACCACAGAUGUGAAUGACCAGAACAACCCUGCGCCAACAGUAGAAUUAGAAGCCACAUUACAGCCUACAAAUCUGCUUGUCACUUUUCUAGAAUAUUGCUCCAUAGUAAUGCAGGACACAAAGACAGAGGAGAGCCUGAACAAUGUCAAACUCUGUUUCAUCAUUAUCACAUGCAUUGCUGAGGACCAGUACUGCAAUCUGCUUCUCCAUGAUGCCAACCUCGUAUUCACAGUGCCCUUACACCGCCUCCCCAUGAGACAUCGCAAAGUCAUACCAGAGAAGACACCCCAUGCUCGUCCAUUAGCAUGUGCAGUAUUAGAUGUAAUGGUAGAAUUCAUGAUGUCUCAUAUGAUGAAGAAACUACCCCUGGAGCUGUUCCUCCUGAAUGUGAGAAUUGUUCACCGUCUCCUCUGCUACCAAAAGCGUAACUCAGUCCGACUGCCUUACAACUGGAAAGACUUGUGGGCAGCCCUGAUUGCUCUUGCCAAAUUCCUUGUCACCAAUGAGGCAUAUCUGGCAAAAAAAAUGAACAUCUUCCAGUUAGCACAUCAGGUCAUGAAUAUUUUCAAUUUGUUCAUCACAUACGGUGACACUUUCCUCUCAACGCCAUCAAGCUAUGAUGAGCUCUACUAUGAAAUCAUGAGGAUGCACCAGGUAUUUGAGAACAUGUACUCCAUGAGCUUAAGAUAUUCAAGAACAGAUGGAGAUUACAAAGAAAGUGCACAAAAGCUCACAAACUCACUAGGCAAUGUCAGAUCAAUAAUAAACCACUUCACCCCCAAGUUAGACAAAUGGAGUCAGGAACAUGGAGUAUCAACACUAACAGAAGAACAGGUUCUAGAGGUGGUCCGGAAUAACUAUGACAGCCUCACCCUCAAACUCCACGACAGUUUAGAUCAGUAUGAAAAAUAUGCCGAGAAGCCUCAGCAUGCUAAUUUCUUCACAAACAUGGUAAGAAGCAUACUCAGCGAUACGAGACAAAGCAUUGAUUUUAGCGCCUUUGAAAACUUAACAAUAUUACAAGAACUGAGCCAGUCAACAUAGAUAUUAUAAACUAGUGAAGAUUUUGCAGUUGCAGUGGGGUGGCUAUUAAUUAUGGUGAGGUUAUUUUUCUGAAAAGGAAAAAUGUAGUGUUCUUCAGUAUAAAAUGAGGAAUAAAUAGAGGGGACGUGUAAUAGGUGAUUCCAGAAUUGGGAAAAACAUUUCCCAUUGAAAUAAAUAAAGUAGUGAACACAAUGUAAUCAAGACUAUUACACAAAAGGAUAUGGCCUUUGCAGAGUCUUUGUACAAGUGGCUUAUACUCAUUUUAUUUAUUUUUUUAUUUUUUAUUAUUAUUAUUAUUAUUUUUUUUUUUUUACAAAAUUUAAGAAUAUUUUUGUGUUCCAGUAGAGAACAACUUUAGAUAUACAGUUCUAUUUCUUUCUUUGAAUUCUACCUUAAUUAUUUUCUCAUUCAUACAUUAGAGUAGUCUUCCUUCUUUGUAAUUAAAGCUGUAAGUGCCAGUUACAUACAGAGGGGUCUUCCAAUGAUCCUCUGUAUUUCUAGGAAAAAAAUAUAAGGGCAAAACUAGCCCUUCUCUGUCAUAUGCAAAUUGUAUAGAUAAUAUUAUGUUUAUAACUAUUUUACUCAAAUUCAUCUCUUUUUUUUUUCUCUCACUCCCUCCCCAAAAAUUUCAUAGUGAGUAUAUUAGUCUUUUCCCCCAACAGCAUCAUAGUUCACUGCAGUAUUAUAACAAGGGUAGUAAAGUAUGCUAUUGAUUCCCUCUAACUAUCUUCCAGCCAAAGAAGUGUAAAAUGCUAAAAAGAAACGUUGUGUAGAGGUCAUGAUAAUGUCUGUUAGGUUUGUGCUCUUUUUAAUGUACACCGAUUCUCAUUACUGAAUUAAUGGGUUUUUCAAAAGGGAAUGCAGAUCUAAUGGCACCUGUCAGUCUGUAGUGAUCACCGAGACAGUGUCACACUAGCUCACUUUUUGCUUAUGUACUUAUAACUGUGAUGACAUGACAUGGUGAGGUCAUCUCCCUCUCUCUCAUUUCUCUCCUCUCUUCUCUUUUUAAGAUUAUCAUGAUCAUGUUACAGCUAGUUCAUCUUCCUGAAUAAGCCUGGCAUGUUUGGAGAGGGACAUACACUCUACGAAUAUCCCUGCUUUAAAUUAUGUGUAUUAUCCUCAUUCUUCUAGGAGGAUCUUUUGAGAUUUUACUUACGUAUGUAAAAAAUAAUAAUAAUAAUGAUAAUAAUAAUAAUGGUUGCAGUAAGGAUAUGCAUCUUGAAAAAGGACCAAUUAAUCUGUUAGGAUUCAGAAAAUAGGUGACUUCAACUGUGUUGUCCAUGUUCCGAGUUCUUAGUAUUUUCUCAUGAUGCAAGAAAACAAAUAUUUAAGAAAUAUCUAUAAAUAAAAAUGUUACUAGUGUGAUGCUGCCUUUAUACUUUUCAUGAAACAGGCUAGUUGCACUGGGCAUUAAUCAUGACCUAAUGUUGUUCAAGGGAAAAUGGGAUGCUGAUUUUGAUUUGCUAGUUAAGGUGGAUUUCUGUUUUUGAUUAUUAUUAUUGGUAUGAUAUAAGGUGUCAUGGAGAAUCUGGUUAAUUUUUUCUUAUUCAUCUUGUUUGUAUGAAAGUCAAAGCAUAUAUUGUGUGUUCAGGCUGAUGCACCUCUCUUUUAUGUGUAAUUAAGUUAUCAAUGAUUUGAUUUUGCUCGUAGUAUAAACACCUAAGAGGCAAUACUGUGUAUAGUGAAGAGCAGUCAUAUGUGAGGUAAAUUUACCAUUACACUACACUGGAGAAUUUAAAAACUAUCCAGAAAUAGCAAGAAAAGCAUCAAUGAAGGGAUGAUGAUUUUCAGUGUAGUGUAAGACAGUAAAUCUCUCUAUAAUGUAUUGCAUAUUGUCUCAGAUUAUCAGCUUAAGAUCCUUUUGUUGAUUAGCUGGUAUAAUGGACUUCAAAAAAAUUCUGAUUUUGACUAUUCUCUUUCUUGAACAAUUUUUCCCCCACUCUGUCUCAUUUUGACUUUGAUAAGCUGAUGUCCUGCAUGUAUAUAAAGCUUUUUUUUUUUCUCUGAGCUGUAUCAAGGUAAUUGAAUGUAAAUGUCUGUGUUGUGUUUUGGUCAGCAUUUUGAAUGCUGAUUGAUACCCGAAAUGGGAGAGAAUCUAUAUAUUUUUAUUUUAUGGUUACAUUAUCCCUGGAUUUGACUGUAACACUUUACCAAAGGUAGAGUCUUAAUAUUUGUCUUUGAAGUUGUCAGUAUGUGUAUAUAUAUAUAUUUGUAAAUGGAAAUAAACUGAUCAUACUUUACUUAUGAUUUGUACCAUAAGAGACACUUUGACUUUCAUGCUAAUUAAUUGAAGGAAAUAUAUUUAUUACCUAUACAAACAAAACAUCUACCAAAGCAAGAGCAAGGCUUAAGAACUUGGUAUGGGAAAGCAGAGAAAAAGCUUGUAGAGAGCUGUAGACAUCCCUAACGCUUUAGGUUUUAACAGCUUGCUAUGACAGAUUUUCAAAUGUAAUGUAUAAAUUUAUAUAUAAAAUAUUUAUACAUAGGAGAGUGUAGUAGGUAUUAUUUUAAUAACAUGUGACCUUGAUACUGUAAAUUUUGAAAAUAAAUUUCUAUGGUGAA